UAUAGCGGGCGCACGGGAGGUGGGGUAAUCUGGGGUUUCAACUGUGAAGCUGAAAGUAAGGGAGAACGAGGGUUGUUCCUGCGGGACAUUGAAUGGCGGGACCCUGACGCGGGUAGUGGGACACGAUGCUAUACCAUACAGAUCAAUCACCCAGGGGUCGCCCAGAAUAAGAUGCUCACUGCUAAGGUUUUCCUGUAUGUGGGACAAGGACGCAUAGUUGGUGCAGUAUUCCCCUAUCGGCUGGAUCUUGCACGAAUGGAGUGUCCACGGGUAAUGUGGAUGCAUGUCCUGCGGACUUCGGACCUGGCAUUGGAGACCUUCUUGCGCCAUCUUAAGUAGAUACCGCACCGCCCAGUCGACUUUGCCCUCCGUCAUCGUAAUCACUAACGAAGUGCGCGAAAACAUCACCAUCAUGCCAGAGUGGACGCAUCUAAUCAGGUUCCUCGCUGUCGAGGACGACCAAGUCCACUUAGGUCAGUUGGUGGACACAACACGCGAUGCUGGUUUAGACAGUGUUGACGGCACCGAGAUCAAGGCAUAUUUGAUCAACGGGGACAUCUUCAAUGGCAAGGUGACCAAGCAUGUAUACACGGUAAAGAAGUUGCUCUCGCCGGUUUCUAAAGAGCAGUGCAGUUACAUUCGUUGUCUUGGUUUAAACUAUUUAGAUCAUGCCAAGGAGGCAAACCUUCAACUGCCAGCAGCUCCUAUCUUGUUCACUAAACCGCGCACGGCUCUUACAGACCCGUUCCCGGCCGCUAUCACUGUACCGAAGUGUGCGCAAGAUGAAACGAGCGAUUAUGAAGCCGAGUUGUGCGUCAUCAUUGGGCGAAGUGGUCGAGAUAUACCCGAAGAAGACGCCUUGAACUAUGUGCUGGGGUAUACGUCCUCGAACGACGUCUCUGCAAGGAACUUGCAAAUGAUCACUACGCAAUGGUCCUUCUCCAAAGGGCUUGAUAACAGUUGCCCGAUAGGCCCUGUUCUAGUAUCCCCAGCUGUGAUUCCCGACCCGCAAACGCUGAAGAUCAAGACCAUUUAUAAUGGAGAUACAGUACAAGAUGGACACACCGGAGAUAUGAUCUUCAAUAUCAAGAAGCAAAUCUCAUAUCUGUCUCAAGGUACGACUUUAGAGGCAGGCAGUAUUAUCCUGACAGGUACCCCCGCUGGCAUUGGCUUCUUCCGAAAGCCUCGUGUGUUCCUGCAAGAUGGCGGCGACGUGAGGGUUGAGAUUGAGAAAAUCGGUACUUUGGUAAACAAGGUUCGAUAUGAACAGUUCUAGACUAACUAGAUAGCAACUGCAAUCGACUUUCAAUGAACAGCUAAUGCAUAUAUUAUCAAGAGGAUGGGGCCUCUAUAGGAACGGAAUCACUCCGCUUGGAACAACCUCACUAGUUCCAUCCGCCUUUGAAGUCUUUCUUUUUGCUCGUCUACAUAGUAGAGCUGUCUCGACAAGCUGAAUGAAGCCCAAGCUCCAAUCGACCAUAGUUAUUUCCCACCCAGAUUCAGUGAAGU